GUUAUUAUUCGCAAUUUCGCCAUAGAUGCCGAAUGAUUAGAGCUGAUGGAAGCGAACCCACUGGCAAAGGCGAAACAUGGUAAACAUGCCGACAUUCGAUGACAGAUCAGGGGAUUUCACUUGACUACAGCAUUACUGUACAGCGGUAUACCUACGGGGAGGCCACCACCACUAGCAACAGGAAACUUAUAACCACUUUAGCCACCAAAGUAAUGUACCUAUCUUAUGCACCUCCACUCAGAUUUAACAUGAGAUCUUCAGCCCCUGAGUAUCAGUGGCAAUUAGCCAGUUGCAGUGAACAGGGCCAUACCUUAUCAUGUGACGGCCCCUCGUGUCACGUGUAGCUUUCCCCAUGUCAAUAUCAACGACAUGCCUACCUACCUAGGUAGGCAUCACCAAUAGUAUGAGCAUCACACUCGAAAUUGGACAUUUAUAUCUUCCAAGGAGGAGUGCAGAAUAUUCCGACCCUCCAACAUGGUCCCAAGAUAGCGCUGUUGUGGCAUGAAUUCCCACGAUGGACGAGUUCACCGCUGACGCCUUCGUUAAUCGAGAUGAGCCGGUCCCGCUCAUCACGGUGUCCAAUAAUGACCAGGACGCCCCUUCAUCUGAAGCAGACACCUCAUCGCAUAAGGGAAGAUUCAGAGGCGCACUGUCCGCUUCAAGUUCUCGGUUGAAAGCCAAGGGCCAAGAACUUCUUGCUGCACAAUUGGAAAAGCAUGAAUCCAGCCCGGAGCCCAAGUUGUCCUUACAGGACAGGCUAUUCUCAAAAAUCCUGCAACAGGUCAUCCCUACAGAAGAUGUAGACGACCCCGACGACAGCGGCCCGGCCGAUCGACGCUCGAUCAAGUAUGCCGGACGGCCUGCCUUCAGCCUUCCUCUGAUGACCAACAACUUCCGUCGCUUCAAUGCACGGAUUGGCAUCGUCUUUGUGUUUCAGAACCGCAUGACCCGGCUCUUUACCUGGCGAACGCCGACACACACUCUAUCCUUUCUCGCCACCUAUACCUUUGUCUGCCUCGACCCUUACCUGCUGGCGGUGGUGCCUCUUGCAGUGGCACUGCUUUUCAUCAUGGUUCCGGCAUUCACAUCACGACACCCUGCGCCACCGCCUCCAAAGACCGUCUCCAGUACGACACCAUACUACCAUCAAGCGUAUACGGGCCCAGCACUAGCACCGGCGCCCACGAUCAAGCCGGCGAGCGAGACGUCCAAGGACUUUUUCCGCAACAUGCGCGACCUGCAAAACAGCAUGGCCGACUUCAGCAACAUCCACGACGCUCUGGUGAAAAACGUCGCGCCCGCCACCAAUUUCAGCGACGAGACAUACUCGUCCCAGCUCUUUUUGUUCCUUACCAUCCUCACCACCUUCUCCUUCAUCACCGCCCAUCUUCUCCCAUGGCGCCUCAUCUUCCUCUUGAUCGGUUGGGGCUUGGUAAUUUCCAACCACCCCGUAGCGCAAGACUGGCUCGAGAAAACACAACAGCAGGUCGAGAAGCAAGCUUCGUCUACCUUGAACGACCCCAUGCUGAAACAGGAACACAACAUCCGUGGGCUUCUGCUAUCCUCGGCGCCCGCAUCGAUCCAGUCGGCAUUCACGUCGUUUUCCGAAAUCACGCUCUCGAGCACGCCUGAGAUGCGAGAAGUGGAAAUCUUCGAGCUCCAACAUCGCCCCUUGCAGACCAGCUCGAGCGCUGUUUCGGCUGCCGCAGCGGAAUGGCAACCUCAUCUGUUCACUCCGUCGCCGUACGAUCCGCUCUCGCCAGCCCGCAUCGCUGGCGAUCGGCCUCGCGGAACCCGCUUCUUCGAGGAUGUGGCGCCGCCGGACGGAUGGGAAUGGGCGAGCAAAAAGUGGGAACUCGACCUGGAGCCCGGGGAAUGGGUCAACGAGCGACUGAUCGUGGGCGUCGAAUAUGAUGUGUUGCAGCAGGACGACCAUAAAGAGAUGACCGACGACGGUGGAGAUACUAGUUUAUCCACUGCCCGCCGCGAGAGUGUUAAUUUGGAUUUCGGCGGCUGGGUAUGGGACCUCCCUCCGGCGCCGGGAACUGGUGCGAACCGCGACGAAGAGUUGUGGUUGGCCUAUGGCGAUUAUGAUCUCUCUUUGGGAUCUGGUAGCCAGCAAGAAGAGAAGGGGAGGAAAAGAAAGGAUAAAGACAAGGAUAAGGCACGCAAGCCUAACCAAUCUAAAGACUGGGAGGAGACGACGAGGCUGGAUGUCCGUGGACGGACUGGCGAGUGGCGGAGGAGGCGGUGGGUGAGGCUGGUCAAGAGGAAGCCUGUUGAUGUUUCGGCUUGAUCUCUUCGUCUGUCAAUCUACGUAUGUGUAUGUGUAUGCGUAUGCUUCAUGGCAUGCGAUCGGUGUUCCAUGAUAAUAAAUCACGAGGCGACGGAGCUUUGCUUGACUAUCCAGGUAUGUCACGACGCCCACAGACCUCUACGACUUGCAUGCGAAAUGAAUUGAAAAGCACGAAAUCGAGGCGAAAUCCCUUACGCGAGCUCUUCUUUUCUCAAACAACUUUUAUCAUUAGUGCUGUCGUGCUAUCUGAGUAGGCUAGUAGUGAGCAGUGUUCUGCAAUGCCGUACCAUGUCCAUGCACCCCGAUAUUGCCCUGGGCCAAGCGCGUAGUAUCCCUUUCGAACCAUUGUUCGAAGUCUGCGCCCGCCCUAUCUGUCAGGGUGUGGACCAG